AUGUCCCCAACCAUGACACGAUCAUGGACUGGCCCUGACCAGCGUAUACAUAGUAUGCAACCCAUUAAAAAAGAUCCAACGCCAUCCCGUCCGUUACGUUCAUGGUGCAUCACAGCUCUAAGCAAUUUCCAGGUCCCGCUGAUCCGUGGUCGCGUGGGUCCUGCAAAAGACGUACAUCAAGCAGAAGAAACCAAGCCAAAUACUCAAAUAACUGAUACUCGGUUACCACGCUCUUACACUGUGGCUGCACAAAUUAGUAAUAUUUCUCAGCCUAUAGCUAUUACUGGCUCAAUAGAUUUUAGAUCUCCACCUUCACAUCUUCAGGCUACAGAACAUCCCUUGCCUUGCUUGACAGAAACUAGCCAGCAAACAAACAUUAGUAUAAGUGAUCUUAUCCGACGUCUUACACGAACUUCCACUCUUAGCCGGAAUAAUACUACAACCACCGUUAUCCAUGACAAUAAAUAUCAAGCUGGUCGGCCACAUUGGCUACACACAAAACAAGGAACAGAGAUCUAUCUAACAUCGCCUUAUGUGGUCGCGGGAGGACAACUGACUGGAACGGUUAUCAUCAAACUUAAUCCUUCUCAACCCCAAAUGGAUUACCUCGAAGGACUUGUUUCACUACAGUUAAACUUCUAUGGUGUAGAGGCCAUCACCGAUACGGCACACUUCUCUCCCGCAAGCCAUACAUGCCAAUUCUUGAGACAGAAUGUCCUCAGCGCAGUCCAUAGCCAGAUAUAUCCUCGUCAUCUAAGUAACAACAAGCAAUCGCUUGUGAUUCCUUUUACAGCUCAACUACCAGUAGAUCUGAGCGGUAGCUAUAAAGACAAAAAGGGAAUGAUUCGCUAUUACCUCGAAAGGAAACCAAGUCAAAACCCAUCGACUUACGCAACGUUGCGCGCAGAACGCCCAAUUGAACUUUACUCUAAUUCAAGUCUUGGGACACUUGGUGAUGCAGCACUGUAUGUUCCUGUGGUUGAGACACGUCAAGUCUGGAGAACACCAAGUUGUCAAGAGAGCUGCGUCAAUAUAAGCCUGGCCCUGUCAAGAACUCUUUGGGUAUCGGGAUCGCCUAUAUAUGCUGUUCUAAAAACCAAUAACGAAUCCAAGCAAAAGAUUACGAAUGUAAAGAUUGAACUUUUGCGACGACAGAAUACAUUUUCUCAGACUGGAUUGACAGGAAGCUUUGAAUUUAUGCCUGUUACUUCGACAUGCGAAGUAAUUGCACAAACCUCUCUGGCCAGCUUAGACUGGUGGAGGGCUACUGAUGAGUCUACUAGUAAUCAAGUGACAUUGGUAGUUGAAGCACCUCCAAAUCAAUGUUCCGUCAAAAACCAGACACUUAUUGAUGUUUCUUUUGCUCUUCGUCUAUCAUUGGCAUGUCCCACAAGUACAGAUGCUGUUCUUGAGACCCCAGUUACUCUCGUCCAUCCAAUAUCUAUGGAUCCCCCACCAAAUAUUUAUGAGCAUAAAUCACAUGAUAUCCAGAGCGUUCAAGCAAAUAUCUUUUUGCGACAUGCUAAUGAACGCCAAUUACUGCAUAAAACCCUAUUUAUUGCUGCAGGCAACAAUUCGUCUGUUUCAACUUUAGACUCAAUCUCCAGCUUGUCCAGCGACCCAUACCUUGGGUUGACAAUCGAUACCCCAACUAUUGGAGUGAAGAAUAUCUUGAACAGGUCUCGAAAGAGUAUAUCUUCCCUGGAAGCUCACUCUCUUCCCAUGAACCAUCAGCACUCUUCGCGUACCCUCUCUUUUGCGCCUUCCCCUAACAUUGAAAAGAUUAGAUACGGUCAAGUGAGUGUACAUCGGGUUGUUGAGAAAGAAGAGUCCGUGAGGGAAAACACGACAGCUGAUCUUCGUCACCAGCUUGGAUUAACACCAGUUGGUGAAGCCAUGCAGGGGUACAUGUCCGAAUUUUGUGCAAGCGCAGGAGAGGAACUCGCAUAUUUAGGUCUUAAGAAAGAUAUUUCAUCCAGCCAUAAUACAGAUAUUAGCUACAAUUCAUCCAAUGACCCUUUUAUUGCCGAAUGGCAAGGUAAAGAUAUUGGCGCGAGAGGGCUUAAGCGAAUGGUUGCUUCUUCGUCGAGAUAUAUGCGUGCCCUUCGAUCCAAAAGCAUGCAGCCUGCGCGCAAGGCUAGUUUUAAUAGCAAGCGGCCCAACCAGCCAUGUCAGUAG